GAGGCUCUGAACCAAAACUGCUCGUAUAGGGUCGCGGAUGUGCAGCCGGUGCACCUCGAAUUAUCGCGCGAAGUACCGCGGCAGCCCAUACGGCCAUUAAAUGAACGACUGGUUCAGGUGGCGAAGGAGGUCAUUCCGCCGUUGCUAAAACAAAGGCUUAUUGAACCCGCGGCAAAGGGAACUAUAAUCUCACCGGCCCACUUCGUGACUAAAAGGGACGGGACGUGGCGAUUAGUCAUCGACUACCGGUUAGUCAAUGCAGCCACGGUGUCGGCCCACCAUCCUCUGCCGAACAUCGAACAAAUCCUGCACUCGCUGAGGGAAUGCAAGUGGUUCUCGAAACUGGACUUGAAGAAUGGGUUCUGGAAUGUCCCUCUCGACGAAUCCUCCAAGAACUUAACAGGAUUCUCAGUGGGCAGACUAGGAUGUUACAGGUGGAACGUGUUACCACAAGGGCACAAAUGCGCCCCCGCUGAAUUUCAGCAGAGAGUGGAGGAUGUGUUGAGGAAUCUAAUGGACGCAGAAGUGGUUCGUGUAUACGUUGACGACAUCAUAAUUGGGACAAAAACAAGGGAUGCCCACCUUGGCCUGGUCUUGCGAGUUCUGGAAAGGCUGCGAGAA